GUAGCUGUGGCUAGUCAAUUGGCUCUGCUAGAUCUCGCCGAUCGCCAGGUUGACUAACUCGGGUGCUCAUUUACUCACUCUAUCAUUCAUCCAUACAUUCAUAGGAGCCCCGUCUGACCGGUUGACAUUCAGUGUUGUUCCGGAUCCUCAGGACGUAUUGGGGAGCGAUCUCCGGUCGACCAUGCUUCAACGCUUCUCUGUGGCUUUAGUGCUGUGCUGUAUAUUCAUUCAACUCCUGGUCAUCCAUCCGACGGAGUCGAGACCGAAAAAACAGAAACAAGCCGGCCGGAACCAAUCGCUCUUCAAUCACUACGUCUUCGCUCUCACUACCAAGGGAGGCUUCUGCAACACCUCACGGAAAUGCAACAGGCAAAGCUUCAGAGCAGCUCAAUGGACGAUUCAUGGCCUCUGGCCCAGUAACAGCACCUCGUCCGGCUCCGUGACCUCAUGUGCAGCUCGGGAGAAGUUUUCCGUGGAGAAACUCUCACCAAUACAGGAACGCUUGAACGACGAUUGGCCCUCUUUCCUCGGCAAUAACUCAAAGUUCUGGCAUCAUCAGUGGUCGAAACAUGGUAGCUGCUCCGUGAAUCACACUUUGAUUAAGACCGUGGCUGAUUACUUCAACACUACUCUGGAUAUCUACAGGAAACACAACGUGAGCAACUUCCUCAUUAAUGAUAAUAUCGUACCGCGAUUGGAGCCUUACAAGACGAAAGAUUUCUUCGAAGCAAUCCGCAACGAUCUCGAUAAUAAGAACGUGAACGUGAUCUGUCGAAGAGCUGCGAACAUAUCUGUAGUCGUCGAAGUGCGCAUUUGUUUGAAUGAAACUCAGCUGAAUGUUGUCGAUUGUCCAAGAAAGCACUCGAGCUGUCGAAAAGAUCUGUACUACCUGCCCCCUUUGAGCCCCGGUGGCGAGCCCCCGGCACCGGCGGAUACAGCAAAAGUGGUCGCGACCGAGAACUGAAACCGAGGCGUGGCAUUCACUUAGCACUCGAAUCGAAAUAAAGUCGCGAUCCAUUCAGUGACAUAAUCGAAUCGGCGAAUUUUGCGCACGAAAACAGGUUUGAUGAGCGGGAAAGUCAUGUCGGAAACUAAAUAUAAGCACCGGAAUGAAGCCGUCUACAUGGAGUCGUUUAACUGAUUUACAAUAUGUCUAUCCCAGAGCGCGUGUGUAUCGCUCUCGAUUGAAGAGAUCCUACGGUUAGAACGUAUACCCAUAGUUUUCCACUGUGUCUAGCUUGCAUUCCUGAGUCUGCCAACCAGUCAUAAAAUCGUAGAAAUCGUCAUAAAGCUCAAGCAGCGAACCAGGCUCCGAGGAGCCGCUCGGUCUGCGCCACCCACGGA